AUGGCCGGGAGCUGCUUCCUCUCAUUAUUCGACUACAAAACGGAAAAAUACAUUGUCGCCAAAAAUAAGAGAGUUGGGAUUUUGUACAGGCUUAUUCAGUUAUCUAUCAUCGGUUACAUUAUAGGGUGGGUUUUCUUAAGCAAGAAAGGCUACCAGGAGACAGAUGAGGCCAUACAGAGCUCUGUCAUAACAAAACUGAAAGGAGUUUCAAUAACUAACACCUCUGAGUCUGGUGUGCUGGUUUGGGGACCAGAGGACUACGUGAUUCCACCACAGGGUGAAGCUGUACUCUUUGUUAUAACCAAUUUCUUAGAGACGCCAAAGCAGAAACUGGGAUACUGUGCUGAGAGUCCCAAAGUGCUGGAUGGCCACUGUCGAGACGACAGUGACUGUGAGGAGGGGAAAAUGGUAGUGGCUGGUAACGGAAUUAGGAGUGGCCGAUGCUUAAGAAAAGAUGAAAACUCCACUGGUACCUGUGAAAUCUAUGCCUGGUGUCCCACUGAAAGAAAAUCCAAACCACAUGGGCCUCUGCUGACAAAUGCUGAAAACUUCACCAUCUACAUCAAAAAUUUCAUCCAGUUUCCUAAAUUCUCAUUUUCAAAGUCCAACGUUCUUGACACAACUGAUGAUUCCUAUUUGAAGAAUUGCCGAUAUGAUGAGGAGCUCCACCCGUACUGCCCCAUCUUUCGUCUGGGAGACAUCACCCGGCGAGCCAGUUACAACUUCCAGGACAUGGCCACAUUUGGUGGUUCUAUUGGCAUAGUGAUACACUGGGACUGUGACCUUGACAAAGGCUACUCCAGCUGCCAUCCACAGUACUACUUCACUCGCCUUGACAUCAGUGUCUCCAACAAGACCAUCGCAAAAGGGUUUAACUUCAGACACACUCGGUAUUAUAAAGAUGUGGCUGGUGAGACCUAUCGAUCUCUAUUCAAAGUCUAUGGUGUCCGCUUUAACAUCAUGGUUCAUGGAAAGGCUGGGAAGUUCAGCAUCAUUCCAACAGCCAUUAAUGUUGCAUCAGGACUGGCUUUGAUGGGAGCUGGAGCUUUCUUUUGUGACAUGGUCCUUCUCUACCUGAUGAAGAAGGGCAACUCUUACCGAGAGCGGAAGUUUGAAGGAUCAGCACCAUCAAAAACUAAGAAAUCAACAUCUGAAGACAACAGUGUGGAGGACAGGAAGGUUGCACCACAGAGCAGGACAGUCUUACCUCUUAGUCUUUUCACUGCCUGAGUGAGUUUGUAACAUGCCCGUUUUUUUUUAGUGCAACAGUAGAUAUAAUAAAAUUAGAGUUUUUCCCCAAACCAAACAACUAUUAAUUAAUAGAUUAUUAUUAAACAUCCUGACUUUUGUGUUAUAUUUCAAAGGAUUUUACAUGGAAAAUGGUGAAAAUGAGCCAACUAUUAAGAAUGAAGAUAGGAUAUCAUAUGAAUUUCGCCAUUCAUUUUACAACUGUUAUCAUUACUUGAUUUGCUUCUUGUUCAGAAAAGUCUGUAUUUAAGUCUCAUAUCAUCUGUUUUUACCAGGGUUCUGGGUUGGAUAUGUUUUUUUUUCCCAAAGAAACACACACAUGUAAAUGUUUAAAUUCUGAUUUCUAAUUAAAUAGAGGAACAUUUUUGUGAGUCACACUCAGUUCAGAGGUGGUGAAACAGGAAUGGUGACUGAUGCAUUGACUAUUACAAGGUUUAUACUGACAACAUUUGUGUAAUGUAAUAUUAUAAACAUUUUACUAUCCAAGUGUCUACACAGAGGCCUCACACAGUGGCUCAGUCACUGAACUAUCAGAGGCCACAGGAUAAUGAGUUUGAUAAUGUGUUUUUAUGGUUUUUUUUUUUUUUUUUUGUCACAUGAGCAGAGAGACUCUAGUGACUGUUCGUAAUCUGAGAUAGAUCAAAUACACAGGAAACCAGAGCACCCAGACGAAACCCGCAAUCACACACAAAAAGUGCAAGCAAACGGCUCACAGGAAAGUUAACAUUUUACAUGGAGGAUGUAAGCCUUUUAUCACUUUGCUUUUCUUUGUAAUUACACUGUUAAUGGCUUGUUUUGCAAGUGCUAGUACUUCCUAUGAAUGGAAUACUGUAUACCUCAUGUGAAUAAUGUACAAGUGCCAAGUUUCCUCCAACAUGUUUGUUUUUUUAGAGUGGUGUGUCAUUUACCUGAUUAUGUGUUAUGUUUAUGAACUUAAAUACUACUUUAAUUGAUACAGAAGAAAGAUCUACGUGUAAACUAAGUAAAUGUACAAAUAAAAAUUUUGAUAGGAAACAUGAA